UUUCGCUUAAAAUCUGAGUUAAACGUUUCCAAACAGGGCCUUAGCCGCCGGCGCAACCAGAUUAGUUCUGUUCGGCCGUCCGUCCGUCCCGGAGACUCCAGCCAACCCAUCCUGCCAGGAGUAAUGGAGGCUCUGCGGGCAUGGAGGGCCUCCAAUCUCCUUGGCUUCGCGGCCUCCCGCGUUGUCACCGCCGCCUCCGCGGCGAGGUCACUCCGCCUCCGCCUCCGCUGCUGCUCAGCUGCUGCCACGACGAACCAGAAGCAGCUGCCUCUACCUCAGGACCGCCGUCGCCGUAGUGCCUCCACCUCCACCUCCGACCGCGACUCCAUCCGCGCCAUCCGCCUCAAAAAGGUUGAGGAGCUAAGAGGAAAGGGUUAUGAGCCAUAUGCGUACAAGUGGGAUAGGACUCAUACGACUAAGGAGCUUCAGGAAGAGUACACCCAUCUUGAAAAUGGUGAAAUCUGUGAGGAGGCAGCAGUCUCCAUUGCUGGCAGGAUUGUUGCCCGAAGGGCAUUUGGAAAGCUUGUUUUCAUGACUGUGAGAGAUGAUACUGGGACUAUUCAGCUUUACUGUGAGAAAGACAACCUUACGGAGGACCAAUUUGAACAACUGAAGGCAUUUAUUGAUAUUGGUGAUAUCAUAGGUGCAAGUGGAUCCAUAAAGAAAACAGAGAAAGGGGAACUAUCUCUUUAUAUGAAAAAUUUUGAGAUCCUCACAAAAUCCUUACUCCCACUACCAGACAAGUAUCAUGGGUUAACUGAUGUCGACAAACGCUAUCGUCAAAGGUAUGUUGACAUGAUCGCAAAUCCUGAGGUUGCUGAGAUAUUCCGAACUAGAGCAAAGGUGGUUUCUGAAAUCCGCAAGACAAUGGAGUCGUUUGGUUUCAUUGAAGUUGAAACUCCAGUUCUACAGGGAGCAGCAGGUGGUGCUGAGGCUAGACCUUUCAUAACCUAUCAUAACUCACUUCAAAGAGAUCUUUACUUGAGGAUUGCAACAGAGCUGCAUUUGAAAAGGAUGUUGGUUGGAGGGCUUGAGAGGGUGUACGAGAUUGGAAGAAUUUUCCGGAAUGAAGGUAUCUCUACUCGUCAUAAUCCUGAAUUUACCACCAUUGAGAUGUAUGAAGCAUAUUCAGACUAUGAAAGCAUGAUGAAUAUGGCUGAAGAAAUUGUUGUUCGAUGUGCUAUGGCUACUCAUGGCAAGCUUAAAGUUGCUUAUUUGGGAACUGAAAUUUCUCUCGAAAGACCAUGGAGGAGGGAGACCAUGCAUUCUCUUGUCAAAGAAGCAACUGGAAUCGACUUCAACAUCUUCGGCCAUGAUGUUGAAUCUGCUAAAAUCGCUGCAAGAGGACUGCCAGGGAUCAAAAUGGGAAGCAGUAAAAGUACUUCACUGCAAUCCUGUUCAUCUGUUGGACAUGUUCUUAAUGAGGUUUUUGAGACUUUUGUUGAAUCUACUCUUGUACAACCGACUUUUGUCCUUGACUACCCAGUUGAGAUAUCUCCAUUGGCAAAACCACAUCGGAGUUAUGCUGGCCUUACUGAACGAUUUGAACUUUUUAUAUGUGGUCGUGAAAUUGGCAAUGCAUUUUCUGAGCUCACAGACCCAAUUGAUCAGAGGAGCCGUUUUGAAAAUCAAAUAAAACAACACAAUGCUAAACGUGCUGCAAGGGCUAAGGUCAAAUCUACUGAGGAUCAAGGAGAUGAGGAUGAUUGUUCGUAUGAAGUUUGUUUAGAUGAAGACUUCUUAACUUCAUUAGAAUAUGGAAUGCCACCAGCAUCAGGAAUGGGCCUGGGUAUCGACCGGUUAGUAAUGCUUUUGACGAACUCUGCCAGCAUAAGGGAUGUUAUUGCCUUUCCUGUCUUGAAGAUUCAGCAAUAGAUCUUUCAUUUGACGUAAGAAGAGACACUAUUGGGAGAAAUGUGGUUGUCAAAGCAAUCAUCUGCACCCUUCGUUUCACGCUUGUUUCAUUCAUGCAGAUUUUACUUUUGUUAACCUUUUAGCUGAUAGAUAGAUAUGGCCACUGAUCAAUCGAUAAAUCGCAAUGGACUAUGGUGAGUGUCCAGACAAUAUUUAUAGCAAAAACAGCUGAUAGAUUUGUCAACACUUGAAUCAAUAAUGGAUUCCACAUAUUUCAUGGGAUGCAAUGAAUGCGAUACAAAAUAGCAGGAAACUCCGACUCACCUGUUCAUAAUAAUUUAAUAAAUUGUUUGAUA